AUGAAUGUCAUUCUAAAAUUUAUUGUUUUGUUAUCUUUUGAUUUUACAGUAAUGAGGCUGACUAAGCCUUCGUUUGUCUCAAACACACCAGUGCUAUGUGAAAGCAGAGAUUUGCCUGGAAAUGUUUCUUCUGAAAGUAAGUCGGCAGACUUUCUUCCCAGUCUGGGAGCUGUGUCCGGCCUUCCUGGAUUCACCAUGGGCGAGAUUCUUACUCUUCCUCAGAACUUUGGGAGCAUAUAUUUAGGUGAAACAUUCUCCUGCUUCGUGAGUGUACAUAAUGACAGUAUACAAGCAACACAGGACAUCCAUGUGAAGACUGAUCUACAGACUAGCUCCCAGAGGCUGACCCUGUCUGGUGGGUCCACCCCACCCACCCCUAGCCUCGCCCCAGGAGCGUGCAUUGACCAAGUCAUUCAUCAUGAAGUCAAAGAAUUGGGCACUCACAUAUUGGUUUGUGCUGUCAGCUAUACCUCACCCACCGGCGAGACACUUAGCUUCAGGAAAUUCUACAAAUUUCAGGUUCUCAAGCCUCUUGAUGUGAAGACAAAGUUUUACAAUGCAGAGUACUCUCUCAGAAUGAGAGCUAGCGGAGGAUAUCAGAUUUGUAUGACUUGCAGUUCGAUGUGCAAAGUUACCGCCUGCAGUUGUGAGAACAAAACAAAGAGCGAUUCGUCCGAUGAGGUUUACCUGGAGGCUCAGAUCCAGAACAUCACCCAAUCCCCUAUGUGCAUGGAGAAAGUGUCCCUAGAACCAGCGGCGGAUUAUAUUGUGGAGGAACUCAACUCAACCCAGACAGAGGAUACAUCCAAGAAGCUAAUUUUUGGCGGCUUCACUUACCUGAAUCCAAUGGACACUAGGCAGUACCUAUACUGUCUCAAGGCCAAGACACAGGCCGGAGCUGACCGUCCGUCCCUCAUCAAGGGAGUCUCCAGCAUCGGUAAGCUGGACAUCGUGUGGAAGACCACGUUAGGCGAAAAGGGACGUCUCCAGACCAGCCAACUCCAGAGAAUGGCACCCGGCUAUGGAGACUUGAAGCUGAGCAUUGCACAAAUACCUGACAGCGUUCCACUAGAGAAACCAUUCCAACUCACCUGUAGAGUUACAAGCUGUUGUGAACGAACAAUGGAUCUAAAGCUUGUCUUGAAUAACACCACCGGUCUGGUUUGGCUCGGUAUCUCCGGUAAGCAACUCGGUAAACUUGGACCUAACACCAGUAUGGACAUCAAACUUCAACUCAUUCCAACCAUCCCAGGAUUACAGAGCAUAUCUGGCAUGAGGCUAAUCGAUCUUUAUCUGAAGCGGACUUACGAGCAUGACGACAUCGCCCAGGUCUUCGUCUAUACAGAGCAAGAUGGCGCCGUGAAGAAUAUCUGAUUUAAUAGUACUUCUAGCUUUUUUAUUUAUUUUAAUAUGAUUGAUAUAAACCAUAAUUUUUAUCUUGUUUAAGUUGCCAUUGCCACUUUAUAUUCAGUAUAAUCCUGGAAUUUGUGAAAAGCUCAUAUCAAGUUACCCAAUUGAACCUGCUGAGAAGACUGAUAAACUACCCCCAAAAUGGCUGUUCAUUGUUUUGAUUUGGACAUAUGAAAAUACUAAUUGGAAGCAAUCAUAAAAAGUUAGUUGACUUCUAAAGGUAGGAAGCUAAAAAAAGAGUGAAGGUCUAUGGAAAUAUCUGUCCUAAUAAAGACUACUUUCAUUCUACCUUUAAUGUAGUUUCUCUCCAACAGGCCGUCUAUGAUGGUUUCUCUUCGGAUCUCCCUCAAGUAGUUCAAUUCAUGGAAUUUUCUGUUUCUGUUUAUGGUAACUCCCGUAGGAACUCGACAGGACAGCUUUUGCUGGUAAAUGCCAAGUUGGUAUAUAAACAAUUACCUAGGAAUCAUAUUACGUCAGGUUAAUCAGUCAUAGUUGCUGACUUAAUAAACGACAGAUAUUGCUCUCGGGUCUUUUUAUCAAAGUGGAGACCAUGGCAGAGUGGGGAUUUGAACUCACAACUUUGUGAUUAUGAGUCCAAUUCUCUAACCACUGAACCACUUAACCCAUAAUUUAAAUGUAAAGCCCUGUUAAAACUUUGGUAAAGAUCAAUAAUGUGAAUCAUACUCGAGCAAAAUGUCAAUGUUACAGGAGUGUAAGUAGGCAUUGAACCUUAUUCAAACCUUUGUGAGAAUUCAUGUACAGUAUAUUCAAUUCUUAGAUAUCUACUGCCCUCUCUCAGUGAUGUUUUUAUUUAUGUUAAAGAAGGCUCUUUUUUUAUUUGCAAGAGUUUCUUGCAUUUGCAAAAUAAAUUUAUGAUACAUGAACAUAAUCAUCAUAUGACAUAGUAAAAUACAUACAGUAACCUUGUGAAAAUUUUACAAUAUGGGAAUAUUAACAGAAAUUGGAUAUAAAUACAAUAUUGUAAGAACAAAAUAUAGUAAUGCAAAAAAAAGUGCAGAGACCAGCAAUGUUGUUCUGCUAUUAAUACUUCCCAAUCUGACAGAUCAAAUUCCUUCCUCUUUGUUUGAAUU